AUGGCUACUUCCUCUUCGAUCACGUGUGAAGUCGACACAAUACCGAGUGGUGAACACACUGUUAACGUAAAGGUCGAUGGCAGCGGAAUUGCAAAGACCGAAGGCAGUAACAUUUCUAUUGUCUUCAGCUCAGAAAUCAAUGGCAUUAGCCCAACUAGCAGUGGACUAGGAGGUUCUGUGAAUCUAACCAUCACAGGAAGUGGGUUUAGUCAGAAUUCAUCCGUAACUGUUGGAUCAGAGACAUGUGACUUACUGUCUGUCACAACAACUAGAAUCAUCUGUAUGUUACCAACAAUGAAUGUUGCGGGUGCAGUAUCGAUAAUAAUAGAACACAGUGGAGAGCUACCAAUAACAGGAGACCUACAGUUUUAUUACAACGAGUCCAUGACACCUAGGGUAACUAGCAUAUCACCAAUAUCAACCGGAGUAUCAGGUGGAGACAAGCUCGUUCUGACAGGUGAUGGAUUUGAAGCAGAUACCAACUUGACUUUACUGGUUGGUAAAGCGGAAGUCUUCAUUACAUUCUAUAACAAUAGCUAUGUAAUAGCAGAGUUACCUCCCUGUUCUCCGGGAACUCAUCAUGUACGACUAAUACCUGGAACCAAUGGAGCCGCAUUGACCUCUAUCAACGAACUUCCAACAAUCACUUGUAACUUUGAAGUAACUGAUGUACGUCCACUCAGUGGCUCGUUAUUUGGCGGCAGUAGUCUAACUUUAUCGGGGAGGCAUUUCUCACCAAAUAUUGAAGUUAAGAUUGGAAGUCAUGAUUGUGACGUCAAGUCGACAACAGAUAAUGAAGUCAUUUGCUCCAUCAGUAGAACACGAACCAUACACAGAGUGGACAACUUGGGAAUCCAUCCAGAUUUCGGGAUGUACUACCAAUGGAGUCCCAAAUAUGUGAAGAUCCUUGUCGGCGAUAUCGUACGCUGGGAGUGGGAUUUUCCGUUCUACAUCACGACGAUGAAACCACGGAUAGAGGAGACGUUCAACAUGACGGCAAAGUACGGCAAACCGGGUGGAUUCUCGAGUGGUGCAUUUGGAACGUCUACUGGAAUUUAUUUCCAUGAAUUCAGUAAGGCCGGCACAUUUUAUUACUGGAGUGGUGUAAUUGAUGAGUACGGCACCACGUGGUUUCAUGGUUCUGUAGAGGUUGUAGAACGAGCCUCUUUUCUGGCCGACAUCAUUGUAACAAUAGGCGAAUUCGAGGCCACGUAUAUUUUAUAUUCCACAGCUAAUACUUCUUUCUCGAAUGAAACGACUGCAAGAUACAACUGUUCGGAUCCUUACCCGUUCGAUUCAGCAAACACCUCCAUGUUUCGAUUCGCAUUCUGGACAUGCCGAACACCGCUGGUUAACGAAGUAAGUCGACAAAAUGGAACCACUGACGAUGAUAUCGUUAUAUCUGGUGAUGGAUUUUCUCCCAUAAGUUGUGCUAACGACGUAACCUUCGGUGAUUAUCUGUGUGAACCAGUCUUCAGUUCGGUUUCCUCUGUCACCUGUAAAAUUGCCUCUAGCAACAAACCACAAGUCGGAAGACCUCAGUAUCUCGAAGUUCUAGUAAGAAAUGUAGGUUAUGCUUACUUGAACAUUGCAUCAGAUUUACUUAAAACAUUCACAUUAUUUCCGGUUGUUCGAUCACUUGCUCCGAUAAAUGGAUCUCUUGGCGGCCAUUUAAAGCUUACAUUAACAGGAACAGGAUUUGCAGACGGGAACCUUGAUAACGUGAAUGAUAUCACCAUUGGUGGCUACCAAUGUCACCUAUUAUCAUCUUCAUAUACGGAAGUCGUUUGCUUAACACCAAGUUUAACUACUGGACAGCGUGAAGUUGUAGUCAUGAUUCCAACAGCCGGUAACUUUCUAGUCCCUGCAAAAUGUAUACCGUCAUGUACUUUUGUGUACGACGACUCCGUUACACCAACAGUGACUGGUAUCAGUCCAGUGUCUAUAACAGGGCAGAAAUCUACGCAAGUUACCAUUUCUGGAACCGGUUUUGGUAAUGAUCAGCAAAAUAUAGAAGUAAGCAUGACGUCAUCCGAAGUUCACAAAUGCCACGUCUCAAAUGUUUCUGACUCCUUGAUCAUUUGUUCCGUAACUAAUUUACCAGUGGGGUCUAAUAAAGCCGUUGUUGACGUGAACGGUAAAGGAAGGGCUAUUCAUUCCAUCGGGGAUGUAUCUCUGAUCAGUGAAGCAACAAUAACAGAUAUAUUCCCAACGCGAGGAAGCAUCUACGGAGGUACUGACGUCAUCGUCAACGGAAAUGGAUUUCUUUCUGAUGUAACAGUUCAAAUAAAUGGAGAUUCAUGCAAAGUGAAAAACAGAACAUUACAAUCGAUCAUUUUUGAAACACCUGCCCAACUCACCGGAGUAAAAACUCUGGAUAUUAGAUCUAACGGUGUUUUGUAUCUUGAGCAAAACUUUACGUUUACAGACGAGGCAACUCCUAAGAUAACUUCUGUGCAUCCCUCUUCUGGUAUAAAUGGACAGAAUAUCACCAUUAGAGGCUACAGUCUUGUAACAAUGUUAAAUGAUACAAGUGUUUUUGUAGGGAACGCUGAAUGCCUUGUUUCAGCUGUAAGAGACACGAAAAUAAACUGCACUGUAGGUAAUCAUCGUGCUGGAUCAUACAACAUAUAUGUCAAUGUACAGGAUUUGGGCGAUUCCAACGGGGAUAUUACUUUUACGUUCAACAUGACGGUUGAGUCGAUUUCACCGAACGUAGGAAGUGUAGCCGGAGACCAGACUGUCACUAUAUUUGGUACCGGGUUUGAUGUUGAUAUGGUAGUUACUAUCUGUGGUCGAGUGUGUAACAUCUCAAAAGACCUCCGAGCAAAUUCAACACAUUACUUCUGUAAAACGCCUACCUCAUCAGGUUCCGUAUCUACUAACUGUAGCGUCGAAGUAACAGUAAACAGUGUUACUGAUACUAUUUUGGAUGCUUAUAUGUAUGAUGUUUCUAUCACUCCGCUGAUUGAUGACGUCACGCCUAAACGUGGCGGUACUGAGGGGGGAACCCAAAUCACUAUAUCCGGAUCAAAUUUCGGAUCACAAGUUUCAACGGUUGGCUGCGAGUCAUCAGUGACGAUUGCUGGAACUUUGUGUAACAUCACAUCUUGGACAAGCUCACAAGUAUUGUGUGUAACGGAGGCUCAUUCACGGUCGGAAAGAAGCGUUGUCAGGAUUGAAACAGGAUGUGGUGGUAAAGCGCAGCAGUACAAUGCGGAAUUCCACUUUGUGGAUGUAUGGUCCUCUGUUUAUUCCUGGGGAGGAGAGUCUCUUGGUCUUCCCACAGAUGGGGACAUCGUGGUUAUUCAAACCGGCCAGACCAUCGUACUGGAUACCAAUACACCGGUGCUUAAAAUGCUCCUGAUACAAGGAGGUGAGCUGCUAUUUGAUGAAGUAGAUGUGGAACUCCAAGCAGAAAACAUCUUGAUUACAGAUGGAGGCUUGCUACAGGUUGGAAGCGAGGAAGUACCAUUCCAGCACAAGGCAAUGAUAACGUUACAUGGUCAUCUCAGAUCAAAGGAGCUGCCAAUAUACGGGACAAAAUCACUUGCUGUCCGGGAAGGGACACUCGACUUGCAUGGUACGUUUGUUCCAAUCACCUGGACGAAGUUGGCACAAUCUGCGGCCAUUGGGGAUACACAUAUAAUACUGCAGCACCAAGUCACGUGGAGGGUAGGCGACGAUAUCGUCAUAUCAACAACAAGCGGUAUGGAAUCCCAGUACGAAAGCGAGGUCGUCACCAUAGCAUCUAUUGCUCCGGACAACGUGACCAUUACUUUGAGUAGUCCACUACGUAACACACAUUUAGGAAUUUCCCAAACCUUGGCUGGUUGGGAACUUCCGUUCUGUGCAGAAGUCGGCCUUCUGACACGGAAUGUCGUUCUGAGAGGGUUUCUUGAUUCGCAGUGGACAGACUCCAUCACAGCAUGUCCUGAUGGUUAUGAUCCAGGUUACUUCACAAUCCAGACGUGUUUCCAAGGCCGCUAUGGAAACGAGUUCGAGACAGAUCAGUUUGGAGCUCAUGUGGUCAUUCACAAAAUUGAUCCAACGAAACCAAUGACGACAAGUCGCAUCGAGUAUGUGCAGUUCUCAAACGUCGGACAAGCUCUCCGUCUUGGUCGCCAUCCUAUAAACUUUCAAGUAACCGGUGAUAUGUCCAAAUCAUAUGUCCGUGGUUGCGCCAUACACAACUCGUUUAAUCGAGCUAUCAACAUUCGUGACACACACAACCUUCUUGUUGAACAUAAUGUGUUCUACAACAUCGAUGGCACGGCUGUAAAUCUGGAAGAUGGAACGGAGACAGGAAAUGUAUUCCAAUACAACCUUGGCAUAUUGACGAAAGGAAGUUCACAGUUAAUAAACGACGACAUCUAUCCAGCAACAUUCUUGAUCACAAAUCCUAACAAUACACUGCGGCAUAACAUUGCAGCCGGUGGGACACAUUUUGGAUACUGGUUUAAUCUAGAAACCGACGCGAGCUCUGCUGUGACUGGUGUCUAUAAACCUCAGUAUACUCCACUUAUGGAAUUCUAUAAUAAUACAGCACAUUCCCUAGGAUGGUACGGUGUAUAUAUCAAUCCAAAAUAUACUCCGCGUAUAAUGUAUUCAUUCACCUCCUAUUCUAGUUCUAGAAAAUCAGCAGUGUUGGAGUAUAUAUAUGUUUGGAACUGUCGCAAGGGGGUUGAGGUAGAAGAUAUGGGAACCGUACAUAUCAAAAAUCUUAUUGCUGUUAGUAAUAGGUUAGCUGGAUACGAGGGUAGAACUAUAUCAGAGGGUAGUUAUGAUACUGACGAUGGACCGACAAUCAAGCAUUCGCUUGUAGCUGGCCAUGUCCCCGCUUUUCCGUCACAAGGAUGUACAAAUGGAGGAGUUGUCGCCCCCUACAAGUUUGGAUUCACCAUACAUAAUGUAAGUUUUGUCAACUUUGACAAACCUACCUGUUCAGCUCUAGCCGUUACAAGGAUCCCCGACCGAUGUGAUUCUCUUUGUGGUGGGUACAUGUACAGAACACUCAACCUGACAUUUAUCAAUACUGAUAACCGCGUAAAGAAUGACUGGGUAUGGGAGUCAGUAUACGAAGAUAUGGACGGCUCUCUUUGUGGUUCUGCAAUCUGUCAUGUCGUACCAUGCACUGAAACAUUACCUACAGUUUGUAGCGUCUUACCCCAGAACUCUACAAGUGUCUCAAUGUGUGUAUGUCCGUCAGAAGUUAAACUUUUCCGUUUUGCAAUGAAUUAUUACAAUUAUGGAAGGUAUAUGAGCACAUACUCUUUUUCUGGAUGGCCUAUAUUCAUCACAAAUAAGUACGGAACAACACAGCAUCCGUAUCGAAAUAAUGCUAUAGAUCCGAUCCGCGGCUGGAUGACAAAUUUUGUAUCUGGUGAAUCAUACGAAUGGAAGUUUAACUUUAGCCAUUCGACCAAUGUCAGCUACGAUGGUUAUUUCUAUAGAAUGCAGUAUGGUGAUUAUGUCCUAAUAAGCCAGCCUCUGCCAGGAGAACCGGACAGAUUUAAGAUAGAUGGGUCUAAUCUUAUCCCUGCAACAAACGGCACCCUGGAUCCAAAGAUACAUUAUCACGGAGACUGGCAGUACAACGAAACUUCUGGCAUGAUCACGUACUUAGUAUCAUACCGGCAUCGUAACUACAAUGAAGAAAGAGAUUAUGGUCCCCGGGAUGUUACUGUCAGAUUGCGAGUGGAAAAGUGUUUCUUUAAAGGAUGUGUCACACCCCCUCCACAACCGGAACCAGAGACACCAAACUAUAGUUACUGGUCCUCAUCUUCAUCAUGGCCGAACAACACUCUCCCAGCAAACAAUGAUGAUGUUAUAAUUAUGACAGAUAAGUGGAUGCUAGCUGAUACAGUGAUACCGCGGCUUAACAAACUUGUUAUAUACGGAGUGUUGGAGUUCCACCACGGUCCGGUAAACGGGUCCUUCAGAAACUUUACCGUAAGUGCGACAGACAUCAUCAUCAUUGGUGGAAGACUUCUAAUUGGUUCAGUAAGCGAACCUUUCCUUGGCAACAUUGACAUCGUCCUUCGGGGUCAUCGUCCCGAUCACUCGAACACAGAGGAGUAUCUGCCGUCCUCACAUAUACCUGUCAACUCUAAAACAUUAGGCGUAUAUGGAGGACUUUCCCUUUAUGGGAAGGAAGUCGGGAUCGCCUGGACAAAAUUGUUCAGAACAGCGAACCCUGGGGAUACUUCCAUUACUCUAGCUGUUAACGUCACCUGGAGAGUUGGGGAGGACAUCGCCAUCGCCACCACCAGUUACGAUAUUUCUGAGACGGAAACUUUCAGAAUCACUGAUGUGUCCGCUGAUGGAUUCACACUCCGGCUCAACGACUCGUUACAAUACAGGCAUAUCGUACAUGACGAAACGAUAAGCGGUCGACGAAUAGUUUUGGCGGCGGAGGUAGGCCUUCUCACCAGGAAUAUCCGGAUAAUCGGCGAAAAUGAGGACGAAAUGUAUAGAGAUCGGUAUGGAGGACGAGUGUUUGUGGGUUCGACCGUGUUCAACAAUACGUUUUAUCAAGGAUAUGCGAGUUUCAGAAACGUCGAGUUUUACCAUACCGGUCAGGAAUAUCCCUAUACCAGUACACCGUUCUCACUGGCGUACUGGAACUCUGGCACUGUUACAGAACACACACCAUCAUCUGUUAUUAGUUGUGCUUUCCAUCAUGGCUUUUCUUCAGCUAUAGGAUUGUACAAUGCCAAUGAUAUGGUACUGAAAGAUAACGUCAUUCACCAUUCUGUCAACACAGCGAUCGAGACACUUUCUUUAAACACUUCCAUUCAGAGGAAUCUCAUCGUACUAGUCAUGGGUGGCAGUUCUUAUACAGGAGCCAUCAGUGGCAUGGCGUCUCGUGAGUUAAGCCUUGUGAAUAACACAGUCAGUGGUACCUAUGGCGUGGCUUUUCACGUUCCUGGAGUGGAAUGUGGGGCAAGCUCUGGCCCAACUGGAAAUGAAGCUCACAGUUCAUCGAUAGGGUUGGCUGUUUAUCCUGGGGACACCGUCCAAGGCUCGUGUUAUCAAAUAUCACAUUAUUUAAUCUGGAAGUGUAAUGACAUAGGGCUGUAUUACAAUAACAGGCUGUCCGUAGUUCUAACCGAUAACAUAUUGGCAGAUAACACUCUUGGAAUACAUAACCAAGUUAUAGGACCGAGUGCUGUUGGUCAUUUAUAUUCACCAAAAUCCUGUACCGUUAAGGACAGUCUCAUCAUCGGAACAACAUCGUCCUACAACUGUACAACAGAUCAGACUAUAUCUACAGGUAUAAGUAGUCAGGUCAUCGGGGGUCGAGUUGGUAUAACAUUUACUUCCUUCAUGCAAGGGAGCAAUGAAGCACCGUACUCCGACCUGAUCGGGAUUAGAAGUUAUCCGGCAAUCAUGGGAGUAACGAACGUUCAGGGUGUAACAUUUGCACAUUUUAAAAGCGUUUGCGGGUCGAAAGAUGUUAUGCUGACAACCAAUAAAGGAAAUGAUGACGGACAACACCCCUUGGUUAUCAAGGAAGUCACAAAAUUUGACUCGGAAAAUGAUACUUAUUUCUUCAUCCAUCGACCAAAUAUCGAAAAAAUUAAUCCAAAUGCCUGUGUCGAUAUGGAUUGCGACGGACUGAAGAAGGCGUUAAUACACGACAAAGAUGGAUCCCUCCUGGAAUCAGAGGGCUAUGUCCUGUCCCAGUCAGAAUGGCAAUGGAACGGUGACCCGAAAAGGGGUCUAGGAGACUACAGAAUACCGAAAGAGAUGUUGACAAGCCUAACUGGAGAACGCAUCAAUGUUAGCAGUAUCGCACCUUAUAAAGGAAUAAUACGAGACGACCAAUGUCGAUACCGACCAGCAUGGCAGGCGUACGAGUGUCAUAGUCUGGACUACAAAAUGCUGAUAAUAGAGAGUCUGGACGCGGAUACGGAGACUCGGCGUCUGUCACCUGUCGCUGUUCUCGGAGAUGGAUAUCUUGAUCUCAUUAAUGGCCCCCAGGACCAUGGUAGUUGUAGUUACGGCAGAUGUCGCCUCUCCACCUUUAUGUCUAUCGUAGCUACAGGGAAAGAUUACCUCCUUUAUUUCACUGCCACCAGUCCACAGACGAUGCAAUUCUUCCUCUUAAAUUCCAACGAUGACCACGUUGUCACACUGGGUAUAUGGUACUCUCAGUCCAACCGCCGAGAUGUGUAUGUUAAAGAUGAACUAGUCCUGGCAAAAAAUGCAAGGAUGGUUAAUGGGAAGUACGUUGUAGAUCCGCCAUUGUAUCCGGGAGAAUUUAUUCCUGACGCAAACUCGACUGACAUCACGGGAACAAACUUCUUUGACAGAGAUUCAAAUAUCCUGUAUGUGCUAGUUAGGGGAAGUACUCCAGUUAAGAUCGUAACAAAUCCAUCAUUUAUAGUGUCGUUUCAAAUACCCGCUUUAACGCCGGAGGAGUUUUACGGGGAGGCUUUGGUACAUAACUUAGCCUUGUUCUUUGAUGUGCCUGCGGAGAAGAUCCGAAUAGUAAACGUCGUCCGUGAGUCGAGGAGGAAGAGACGAGAUGUUGAUGAUAACAUAAAAAUUGAAUUUGAAAUAAGUGAUCCGCCAACUGCAAAUAGCAAUGUUACGGUAAACGAGUCCAUGACAACGGACGCCUUGCUGAACUUGUCUUCUAAGUUCAUCAACGAAGUACAAGGAGGAGGCGAUAUAAGCGAGGUACUUAAUGUAUCUGUGAGAGGUAUAGCUGUGAGUGAACCUCUCCUGGAGGCCGACUCCUACACUAUAGGGGAUUCGGGCGGCUACCUGACAAUACCAAAGAGUAUUAAUAUUACCAUACAGCCGGCUCCAUCAUAUGAAACAGUAGAAUUUCCUACACAACCAUGUCUGAAAGUUUUCGAUGAACAGGACCAGCCAAUGACAAAGUUAGGCAGUAUUGGUGAUCACUGGCGAGUAACAGCCUAUCUUAUACCAGGAGGGAACUCCUCCGCCCAGUUACAUGGUACUACAACUGUGGAUAUCGUUAACGGAUGGGCUAAUUUUACCGACCUCAGUAUCUCUCACUACGGUAUCGACUACAUACUUCUCUUUAACAAAACUUAUCCAGAUAAUGAAAAGUAUUUCUCUGCGCAAUCAGAAAGAUUUUCUGUGUCGAGAUUGGAAGUCGACAUGAAGAUUGAUAUUUCUAGUGAAGCAAUUGUUACGCACAAUACUACCGAAAUAAGGAUAUCACUGAUAAAUAACAUCAGCAGAAAUCCACUCCGGGAUGUAUCAUGGAGGGGUCACAUUUGGAUGGCAACAGCCAAGCUCCUCAAUGAAUCAGAAUCUACUGGAAAUAUGUCGGGAACACGCCAGAUAAUGUUUGAUUCCGACACUGGCGAAGCAGUGUUCGAUUCUCUGACAUUCGAUCAGAUUGGCUUUUAUUUUCUGACAUUUCAAGUAAUUUCCACGCCAGAGGAGUAUAAUUUCUACGGAAAGGUCCUGGUUCAAGUACUGAACGAAAAACAGUUCUCAUUGCUAAAAGACAACACGACGGUGGUUACCAAUGUCUCCUUAAGGUUUCAAGACAAUUACCAGCAGAUUGUAGGAGAUGAAGAGGAUAGCUUUGGAGCUAUGAUUGCUAAUAUAUUGGUACAACAAAAUUCAGACGUACUGUUUAACUCAGUAUCAGUAUCAGAAGGAAGCAUCGUAUUUGGAAUUGUGAUACAAAGUCAACUUGAUCAAAUCAACCAAACCGUAGAAUCUAUUGGGGAAUUAGUGCGAUCUGAAAGCUUCAUUUUCAACGGCGUUCCUCUGCAAAGUCCACAGCUUAAAGUGAACGGAAUAGAUCAAUAUUUAUUGGACACGACAACGAUCGCUGUUAGUACAUCAACGACCGAAACUAUUACAUUGAUGGACACCACAACACCGACCGAAUUUAAAACUCCGACGGAAACUUCAAUACCGACAGAAACUACAACACCGACAGAAACUACAACAAUGUUGGAAACUACAACACUGACCGAAACUACAACAUCGACAGAAACUGCACCAGCGACGGAAACAACAACACCGACAGAAACUACAACAAUGUUAGAAACUACAACAACGGCCGAAACUACAACAUCGACAGAGACUACAACAAUGUUGGAAACUACAACACCAACAGAAACUACAACAACGGCCGAAAGUACAACACCGACAGAAACUACAACAACGGCCGAAACUACAACACCGACAGAAACUUCAACAUCGACAGAAACUACAACAGCGACAGAAACUACAACAAUGUUGGAAACUACAACACCGACAGAAACUACAACAAUGUUAGAAACUACAACACCGACAGAAACUACAACAACGACAGAAACUACAACAACGACGACAAAUACAACUCCGACAAAAAUGACGACAAUGACACGGGCAGCCACGUCAUUAUUGACUUACCCAACAACAACGGAAACAUCAACACCAAUUGAUAUUCCAACUACAACAACUGGGACGAUUUCACCAACUAUCGACACCACAACACCAUCUUCUGACACUACAAUGUCAAAUCCACCGACCACCGGAAUGUCCUUUACUUCACUCAUUUUGAUUGUAAGCAUUCCUGCAGCAUUGCUUCUGGGAGCUAUUGCACUGUUUGUUACCAUUAAAUGCUGCAAGAUGCGAACUCAGGAUGGAAGAGAGCAACUGGCCAGGAAAUCUUCAUCCGUACCUUCUGAAGAUGUUUACACAGGUGGAUAUGAAACAAGGAGAGACGAACACCACUACCAGUCUCCGCUUUCUAUCACAAAUAAUAUGAAACCACAUCACCCAGAGUUGCCACGUAUACAGAGUAACUCAAUCCUCAGAUCAGUCACUCCCUGGACAACACACUCAGGUUCCACUUACAAGGGUAGUGAUGACAGUAAUAGCGCCAACAACAACAACCGCGGUAACUGCGGCAACAACAACAAGCGCAGUAAUAGCGCCAACAACAAGCGCAGUAACAGCGCCAACAACAACAACCGCAGUAAUAGCGCCAACAAAAACCGCAGUAAGAGCGCCAAUAACAACCGCAGUAACAUCGCCAACAACAACCACAAUGACAGCGCCAACAACAACCGCAGUAACAGCGCCAACAACAACCGCAGUAAUAGCGCCAACAACAACAACCACAGUAACAGCGGCAACAACAAUAAAAACCACAGUAACAGCGGCAACAACAAUAACAACCGCAGUAAUAGCGGCAACAACAACCGCAGUAAUAGCGCCAACAACAACCGCAGUAAGAGCGCCAAUAACAACCGCAGUAACAGCGCCAACAACAAGCGCAGCAGUAACAGCGCCAACAACAACAAACGCAGCAAUAGCGCAAACAACAACAACAACCGCAGUAAUAGCGCCAACAACAACCGCAGUAAUAGCGCCAACAACAACAACCGCAGUAAUAGCGCCAACAACAACAACCACAGUAACAGCGGCAACAACAAUAAAAACCGCAGUAACAGCGGCAACAACAAUAACAACCGCAGUAACAGCGGCAACAACAAAUACCGCAGUAACAGCGACAACAACAACCGCAGUAAUAGCGCCAACAACAAAUACCGCAGUAACAGCGGCAGUAACAACCGCAGUAACAGCGCCAACAACAACAACCGCAGUAACAUCGGCAACAACAACCGCAUAACAGCGCCAACAACAACCACAGUAACAGCGCCAACAACAACCACAGUAACAGCGCCAACAACAGCCGCAGUAAUAGCGCCAACAACAACAACCACAGUAACAGCGGCAACAACAAUAAAAACCGCAGUAACAGCGGCAACAACAAUAACAACCGCAGUAACAGCGCCAACAACAACCGCAGUAACAGCGCCAACAACAAAUACCGCAGUAACAGCGACAACAACAACCGCAGUAAUAGCGCCAACAACAACCGCAGUAACAGCGCAAAACAACAACCGCAUUAGUAGCGCCAACAACAACAACCACAGUAACAGCGCCAACAACAACCACAAUGACAGCGCCAACAACAACCACAGUAACAGCGCCAACAACAACCACAGUAACAGCGGCAACAACAACAACCACAGUAACAGCGCCAACAACAACCACAGUAACAGCGCCAACAACAACAACCACAGUAACAGCGCCAACAACAACCACAGUAACAGCGCCAACAACAACCACAGUAACAAACAGCGGCAACAACACCACCAGCAGCACCAAGAAUAUAUGAACUGA